AUGGAGGGGCAGAGCGGCCGCUGCAAGAUCGUGGUGGUGGGGGACGCGGAGUGCGGCAAGACGGCGCUGCUGCAGGUGUUCGCCAAGGACGCCUACCCCGGGAGUUAUGUCCCCACCGUGUUUGAGAACUACACCGCGAGCUUUGAGAUCGACAAGCGCCGCAUUGAGCUCAACAUGUGGGACACUUCAGGUUCCUCUUAUUAUGAUAACGUCCGGCCUCUGGCCUACCCUGAUUCAGAUGCUGUGCUCAUCUGCUUCGACAUUAGCCGACCAGAAACACUGGACAGUGUCCUCAAAAAGUGGCAAGGGGAGACUCAGGAGUUUUGCCCCAAUGCCAAGGUUGUGCUGGUUGGCUGUAAACUGGACAUGCGCACCGACCUGGCCACACUGAGGGAGCUGUCCAAGCAGAGGCUUAUCCCUGUUACACAUGAGCAGGGCACUGUGCUGGCCAAGCAGGUAGGGGCUGUGUCCUACGUGGAGUGCUCCUCCCGGUCCUCCGAACGCAGCGUCAGGGAUGUCUUCCAUGUGGCCACAGUGGCCUCCCUUGGCCGUGGCCACAGGCCGCUGCGUCGUACUGACUCGCGCCGUGGACUGCAGAGAUCUGCUCAGCUGGCAGGCCGGCCGGACCGGGGCACCGGGACCGAGAGCGAGAUACACAAGGAUCGAGCCAAGAGCUGCAACCUCAUGUGAGGGGCCGGGGUGGGGCAGAGUGUAAGGAGGGGCGGUGAGGGCACAGCUGUUCCCUGCUGCACCUGGUUUCCGGGCCGCCUGACUCUGGUAGGGACCUCAGGGCAGGCCGAGGGAGCGCUUCUCCUGGGCAGGAGAGCUGAAGGCAGAAGGGUGCCACCAUUCCCCACCUCCUCAUCCCCCUCGUCCCCACAGCAAGUGGAGGAAGCCAGCGGGACAGGCAUUGGGGCUGGGAGCUGGGCUGGGGAGGGGGUUGGGGAAGCCGGCAUGGAGCAGUGACUUUGGUUGAGUCUUAGUCUGUGAAGGGUGCCUUCCCUCCCCCACCCCCCGUAUCCAUAUCCUGGCCCUGGCUUCCUUCCCUAAGGAAAGUGUCCAUUCUGUGGCCUUCCUUUUUUUGCUCCUUUCCCUUCCACAGCUGUUCUCACUCAUCCUAACCUCCAGGCAACACGCACUAAAUUAAAAAGCAAGUUGAGAAGCCCCUCCCCCACCUACCCACAGUCCUAUAGCUCCCUCAAUCCCUUCCCCCAGC